CUCAGUCUUUGAAACUCCUCCUCCUGGACCCUGCUCCAGAUACUUUAAGUUUGAAAGAGAAAAAAAUAAUGUGUCGAGACUGCCUGGGGAACAGCACCUGCUCCUAGCCAAGAUCAACUCAUCACAACAAAGAGCAACCAGCAAGCUGAGAUAACAGAAUUGCAACCCACCCUCUUGUAAUUCCUCCAGAGAUCCUAACCGGGAUUUGAAAAACACCCGGAUAUGGUUAAAGAACCAUACCGGGUUUUGUACCAAACCAGAUCCGGAAAGAGACAUUCCAGUAGAUUAGUUUCUGGAAAAGAGGGCACCCAGAACUGCCCCAGCCUCCAUUCACUCCUCCCCAGUAACACCAGCCAAUUGGAGCCCUGGACUUUGUUUAUGAGAAAGGCCUUGUAACCCAGGAUACUAACUGAGCAGGGCUGGCAGACUCAUGCUGGGGUCUGCAGUUUAGCCUCAGUAGGCCGCUGACAUGAAUAUGGAAGGGUUUUCUCCAGCAAAGAAGUUAUUCAUUUGCCUGUUUCCCAGAGUAACGUGGGCCAUGGAGUCAGGCCAUCUCCUCUGGGCUCUGCUGUUCAUGCAACCUCUGUGGCCCCAGCUGACUGAUGGGACUACUAGAGUCUACUACCUGGGGAUCCAGGAUGUGCGGUGGAACUAUGCUCCUAAGGGAAGGAAUAUCAUCACGAACCAGCCUUUGGAAAGUGACAUAGUAGCUGCUAGCUUCUUGAAGUCUGACAAGAACCGAAUAGGGAACAGCUACAAGAAGACCAUCUACAAGGAAUACAAGGAUGGCUCAUACAUGGAUGAAAUAGUUCAGCCAGCCUGGUUGGGCUUCCUAGGGCCAGUGUUGAGGGCUGAGGUGGGAGAUGUCAUCCUUAUCCACUUGAAGAAUUUUGCCACUCGUCCCUAUACCAUCCAUCCCCAUGGUGUUUUCUAUGAAAAGGAUUCAGAAGGUUCCUUGUAUCCAGAUGGUUCCUCUGGUUGGCUGAAAGCUGAUGAUUCUGUACCCCCAGGAGGCAGCCACAUCUACAACUGGACCAUUCCAGAAGGCCAUGCACCCACUGAUGCUGACCCAGCAUGCCUCACCUGGGUCUACCAUUCUCAUGUAGAUGCUCCACGAGAUAUUGCUACUGGUCUCAUUGGACCCCUUAUAACCUGUAAAAGAGGAACCCUGGAUGGGAGCUUCCCUCCUCGGCGACAGGAUGUGGACAAUGAUUUCUUCCUUCUUUUUAGUGUGAUAGAUGAGAACCUUAGCUGGCAUAUCAAUGAGAACAUUGCCACUUACUGCUCAGACCCUGCCUCAGUGGACAAAGAAGAUGAGGACUUCCAGGAGAGCAACAGGAUGCACGCAAUAAAUGGCUUUGUAUUUGGAAACUUGCCAGAUCUAAGUAUGUGUGCACAGAAACGUGUGGCCUGGCACUUGUUUGGCAUGGGCAAUGAGGUAGAUGUCCACACGGUUUUCUUCCAUGGACAGAUGCUGACCAUCCGAGGUCAUAGAACUGAUGUGGCUCAUAUCUUUCCAGCCACUUUUGUGAGUGCUGAGAUGGUGCCCCAGGAACCUGGCACCUGGUUAAUCAGCUGCCAAGUGAAUAGUCAUUUGCAAGAUGGCAUGCAAGCACUCUACAAGGUCAAGUCUUGCUCCAUGGCACCUCCCAUGAACUUACUCACAGGCAAAGUCCGGCAGUACUUCAUUGAGGCCCAUGAGAUUCAAUGGGACUAUGGCCCUUUGGGGCAUGAUGGGAGUACGGGAAAGAAUUUGAGGGAGCCAGGCAGUGGCUCAGAUAAAUUCUUCCAGAAGAGCUCCAUCCGAAUUGGGGGCACUUAUUGGAAAGUUCGAUAUGAAGCCUUCCAAGAUGAGACAUUCCAGGAAAAGGUGCAGCUGGAGGAAGAUAAGCAUCUUGGAAUUCUGGGACCAGUAAUCCGGGCUGAGGUGGGUGACACCAUCCUGGUGAUCUUCUACAACCGUGCCUCCCAGCCAUUCAGCAUACAGCCUCAUGGAGUCUUUUAUGAGAAGGACUCUGAGGGAACAGUGUACAAUGAUGACUCUUCCCACCCUGGCUUAGUGGCUAGGCCCUUUGAGAAAGUAACAUACCGCUGGACAGUCCCUCCCCAUGCUGGCCCCACUGUUCAGGAUCCUGCAUGUCUCACCUGGACAUACUUCUCUGCUGCAGAUCCCAUAAGAGAUACCAAUUCUGGUCUGGUGGGCCCCCUGCUGGUAUGCAAGGCUGGCGCCUUGGGUACAGAUGGCAAGCAGAAAGGAGUGGAUAAAGAAUUCUUUCUCCUUUUUACUGUGUUGGAUGAGAACAAGAGCUGGUACAGCAAUGCCAAUCAAGCAGCUGCUAUGUUGGAUUCCCGACUGCUCUCAGAGGAUGCCAAAGGUUUUCAAAACUCUAAUCGGAUGCAUGCCAUUAAUGGGUUUCUGUUCUCUAACCUGCCCAAACUGGACAUGUGCAAGGGCGACACAGUGGCCUGGCACCUGCUUGGCCUGGGCACAGAGACUGAUGUGCAUGGUGUCACAUUCCAGGGCAACACCGUGCAGCUUCAGGGCAUGAGGAAGAGUUCAGUCAUGCUCUUUCCUCACACCUUUGUUAUGGCCAUCAUGCAGCCUGAUAACCCUGGGACAUUUGAAAUUUACUGCCAGGCAGGCAGCCAUAGAGAAGCAGGGAUGAGGGCAAUCUAUAAUGUCUCCUCUUGUCCUGGACACCAAGCCAACUCUCAUCAACAUUACCAAGCUGCAAGGAUCUACUACAUCAUGGCAGAAGAGAUGGAGUGGGACUAUUGCCCUGACAGGAGCUGGGAACUAGAAUGGCACAACCAGUCUGAGAAGGACAGUUAUGGUCACAUCUUCCUGAGCAACAAAGAUGGACUCCUGGGUUCAAGAUACAAGAAAGCUGUAUUCAGAGAGUAUACUGAUGGUACAUUCAGGGUCCAGCGGCCAAGGACUGGAUCAGAGGAACACUUGGGAAUCUUAGGUCCACUUAUCAGAGGAGAGGUUGGUGAUAUUCUAAUCGUGGUGUUCAAGAACAAUGCCAGCCGCCCCUACUCUGUGCAUGCCCAUGGAGUGCUAGAAUCUAGCACUGGUUGGCCAAUGGCUGCUGAGCCUGAGUACAUCAUGAGAAACGCUGGGCUGGAAGAAGCACAAGCUGGAAUCAAGAUUGCCGGGAGAAGUAUCAAUAACGUCAGAUGUGCAGAUGACACCACCCUUAUGGCAGAAAGUGAAGAGGAACUAAAAAGUCUCUUGAUGAAAGUGAAAGAGGAGAGUGAAAAAGUUGGCUUAAAGUUUAACAUUCAGAAAACUAAGAUCAUGGCAUCUGGUCCCAUCACUUCAUGGGAAAUAGAUGGGGAGACAGUAGAAACAGUGUCAGACUUUAAUUUUUUUGGCUCCAAAAUCACUGUAGAUGGUGAUUACAGCCAUGAAGUUAAAAGGUGCUUACUCCUUGGAAGAAAAGUUAUGACCAACCUAGAUAGCAUAUUAAAAAGCAGAGACAUUACUUUGCCAACAGAGGUCUGUCUAGUCAAGGCUAUGGUUUUACCAGUGGUCAUGUAUGGAUGUAAGAGUUGGACUGUGAAGAAAGCUGAGCGCUGAAAAAUUGAUGCUUUUGAACUGUGGUGUUGGAGAAGACUCUUGAGAGUCCCUUGGACUGCAAGGAGAUUGAACCAGUCCAUCCUGAAGGAGAUCAGUCCUGGGUGUUCAUUGGAAGGACUGAUGCUGAAGCUGAAACUCCAAUACUUUGGCCACCUCAUGCAAAGAGUUGACUUAUUGGAAAAGACCCUGAUGCUGGGAGGGAUUGGGGUCAGGAGGAGAAGGGGACGACAGAGGAUGAGAUGGUUGGAUGGCAUCACCGACUCGAUGGACAUGGGUUUGAGUAAUCUCUGGGAGUUGGUGAUGGACAGGGAGGCCUGGCGUGCUGUGAUUCAUGGGGUCACAAAGAGUCGGGCACGACUGAGCGACUGAACUGAACUGAAUGAUAACCCUAUAUGCAAAACAGAAAAAGAGACACAGAUGUAUAGAACAGACUUUUCGACUCUGUGGGAGAAGGUGAGGGUGGGAUGUUCUGAGAGAAUAGCAUUGAAACAAGUAUACCAAGUGUGAAACAGAUCACCAGCCCAGGUUGGAUGUAUGAGACAAGUGCUCAGGGAUGGUGCACUGGGAAGAUCCAGGCAAUCUUGAUUGCAGCUUGUGAUUCAUCCAACCUGGAAUUUUACAUGACAUACUCUAUACAAGUUGAACAAGCAAGGUGACAAUAUGCAGCCUUGUCAUACUCCUUUCCCAAUUUGAAACCAGUCAGUUGAUCCAUGUCCAAUUCAAACUAUUGCUUCUUGACAUCAGUGGUUUGGGCAUAUACUUGGAUUACUGUGAUGUUGAUUGUUUUACCUUGGAAACAAACAGAUCAUAUUGUCAUUUUUGAAACUUCAUCCAAGUACUGCAUUUCAGACUCUUUCGUUGACUGUGAGAGCCACUCCAUUUCUUCUUAGGGAUUCUUGCUUACAGUCGUAGAUAUAAUGGUCAUCUGAAUUAAAUUCGUCCAUUUUAAUUCACUGGUUCUUAAUAUUUUGAUGCUCAAUUUUGCCAUCUCCUACUUGACCACGUCCAAUUUACCUUGAUUCAUGAACCUAAUAUUCCAGGUUCCUAUGAUAUACUGUUUUACAGCAUCAGACUUUACUUUCACCACCAGACACAUCCACAGCUGAAAAUCAUUUUCUCUUUGGCCCAGCCACUUCAUUCUUUCUGUAGUUAUUAGUAAUUGCCUCCAUUCUUCCGCAGUAGCAUAUCUGACACUUUCAGAUCUGGGGAGGGGCUCACCUAGUGUCAUAUCUUUUUGCCUUUUUAUACUAUUUCUGGGGUUCUUGCAACAAGAAUACUGGGAUGGUUUGCAUUUCCUCCCCCAGUGGACCACAUUCUAUCAGAACUCUUCACUAUGCUCCAUCCAUCUUGGUUACCCCUUGAUGGCAUGGCUCAUAUCUUCACUGAGUUACACAAACCCGUUAACCAUUACAAGGUGGUGAUCCAUGAAGGGGUUUGUAGUCAUACCCUCCCCUAACCACUAAAUCCUGACAACCAUUAAAAUGGUCACUAUAACUAUAGCUUUGCCUUUUCCAGAAUUCUAAUAUAAGUGGAAUCAUAUAGUAUGAACAUUUUUGAGACUGAUUUCUUUUAUUCAGCAUAAUGCCUUUACUAUUAUUCAUCAGUGUUAUUAUGUGUAUUGAUAGGUAUUUGCUUUUGAGUACAUAUAUGUAGCACAUUUUAUUCAUUUACUCAUUGAAGGACAUUUGAAUUGGUUCCAGACUUUUGGUGAUUAUAGACAGAGCUACUAUGUUUGCUUUGGCCAGUUUUGCUUUAGGUAUCAUAUCCAAAAAAUCAUUGCCACAACUAAUAUCAAGAAACUCUUCCCCAAUAUUUUCUUCUAUUGGUUUUAUGGUUUAAGAUUCUAUAUGUAAGAAUUUUAAUCCAUUUUGAAUUGAUUUUUGUGUAUUAUGUGAGAUAAGGAUCCAGUGUCAUUGUUUAGUGUUGAAUAUUUUCUAUGCACCAUUUAUUGAAGACAAGAUCCUUUCCUCAUUGUAUGUUUCUUGCACCCUUGUCAAAGAUCACUUCCCUGUGGAAGUGCAAAUUGGUGCAUUCACUAUGGAGAAUAGAAUGGAGGUUCCUUAAAAAGCAAAAA